AUGGCAAAUUUGGUGGACGAAUUUCAAAGGAGCUGGUUAACAUCUCUCAUAGGAAUUGCAUUAUUUUGUUUUGGAGUUUGGCUGUUAACAUGGAAUGAGGGCAGAGCUGUACAUCAUUCACAUUCACUAGAUGAAACAUACAACAGUGCUGUAACUGUUAAUCCACAUGAAAGGUUUGGUUAUGAUUACAAUGGAAGAGUGGUACACAUUAGUGAUAGUCUAUUUGUGGAUGAGCCACUGACUGAUGUGGAUUAUGGCAUUUCCAUUCAGGCUGUGAAAAUGAAAAGAAGGGUGCAAAUGUAUCAGUGGGUUGAAGAACGAACUGCCCGGAAUGAAGAUGAGAAUGGUGAGGCCCAAUAUUCUAUAAAUGACUAUUAUUAUGUUACUGAAUGGAGAGAUAAGCUAGUUGAUAGUAGCAGUUUCUAUGUAAGGCAUGGACAUGAAAAUCCAAGAGAUAUCCCAUUGAAAACUGUAUCUCAUGUGGCACCUCAAGUGAGAUUAGGCCAACUAUCAGUUGGUGAUGAAAUCAAGGAAAAAUUCGAUGAUUGGGUGGAAAUCACAAGUGACGAACGACCGGAAAGGACAGAUGUGAAAUUGCACAUGGGCAUUUAUUAUCAUUGUGAUGAUAUCUGGAAUCCAGAGGUGGGAGAUAUACGAGUUCAGUUUUAUUAUGCUGGAGCAACAGGAGAACCAGUAACCAUUGUGGCGAAACAAGAAAAUGGAGUUCUAGUACCAUAUGAAACAAGUAGAGGUCAUAAAAUAGCUCUACUUAGGUACGGCAACUUGAAUAUCAAUCAAAUGUUCACUGCUGAACAUUAUGAUUCGAAAUUGGAAACAUGGAAGCUGCGAGGUCUUGGAAUAUUCGUAUUAUAUGCAUCUUCUGUGUGCCUAGCAAAACUACACAAAAUAUUAUUCCAGCAAGUGCCAAUUUUGAAUGACGUUCUUUCUGGAGAUCCAACAUCUUCCAAUACAAUCAUUUUUUCAUUUUCAUUGUCAUUGAUGGUGAUUGCAACGGCAUGGGUUUUUUACCGACCCAUGUUGGGAGCUGGAUUGAUUUUUGCUGCAAUUAGUCCUCUUCUAUAUUGUACGAUGGGAGUAUAUAAUCCUAUUUGA